AUGUUUUAUAAAAAAACCGUUGAAAUUAGGAAGUCCAAAGGGUUGGGUCGGUGUAUUGCGCCUAAUUUAUACCUUCUUCACUCACUCAUAGUCAUCCCGCUGAUCUCCAAACACCAUAGGAGACAUGUUUCAGUGAAGAAGAAAAAGAAGAACGAGGGUUUUAUUGGGAGGCACCACCUUCUUCUCUUUUUUCUUCCAGCGACACCACCGUUGUCUCUUUCUUUCAUUAUCCGGCGUUCAACAAUCCUCUGUGUUUCCCUCUUCGUCUGUAUUUUCAAUAGGCCAAGAAGAUUAUUCAGGUCGCUCUUCGUUCAUUAUUCGUUCGUUCCUGGAUUCAUCGGUCAGUUUGGUUUGCCAUCAUCAUCGAUCAAUAAAAAGAGUAUAGAUCUUUUUCCUCUGAUUUCUAGGUUCAAACACUGUACAAAAGGUCGCCAAAUUGAAACCAAAGCAUCCAUCAAACGAAGAUGA